AUGACCGCCCUCUGGCCCACAGCGCUGAUUCAUGCCCGAGCCUGCAGGUACAUCCUCCCCCGCACUGAGCCAUUUGAGACCCCAGCUGACUUUUCUGAAGCCAAGUCCGCCGCGUCUACCAGCUCCUCCGCGCCAGCUGCCUCCCCCGCCACGGCCACGCCCAAGAAGGGUCUCGUCUUCAAGCCCACCAUCCCCCGCUCCGCCACCAAGACCAGCGCACCUGGAAGCCCUCCCUCCCCCUCCCCCGCUCCUCUCAAAAAGCUCAGGCCGUCCCCGGUCCCAUCUCCCCUCUCCGCUUCCGCGCCGCGUCCCUUCCCAUCCGCGUCACGACCGGCUCCCAGCGCAGCACCCCCAGCAUCGGACGCUCCAGCCCAACCCUCGUCCACGCCCGCGCCCACUCAGCCUCCUGCUCCUGCCCCCGCUCCUGCUCCAGCUGCACCGGCCCUCCCCUCCCAGCCGCCCACUACCGCGCCUGCACCAGCAACUAUCCCCACCACCACCGCCACCGCACCCCCAGCCCAGCCCGCCAUGUCAAACCAAGCUCUCGGCGGUGAUGACCCCAUGGCCGGCAACGCCCAAGACGACAACCCUCCCCCGGCGCCCUCGGCCAAUGCAGCUGCCCCGGCUCGUCCUCAACGACCAUGGUCUCCAGCCCUCGGCGAUCAGGCAGAAGAAGGCUGCUGCUGCGUCUCUCGGUGCUAUCAAGCAAGGCCGGCGGGUCUCCUCCUCCUUGUCCUGGCGGCGCUGCUCCUCGUGUCUCUUCUCCCUAGCAGUGACCUCGGCCUUGAAAGCCACCAUCUGCCCCUUGAUCACCUCCAGAUCCUUGCUCGUCCCGCUGACGCCUUGCUUGAUAGCACCGAGAGACGUAGCAGCAGCCUUCUUCUGCCUGAUCGCCGAGGGCUGGAGACCAUGGUCGUUGAGGACGACGGCGUACUCGUAGGGCGUACCGACCGGCUGCUCGUGUUCGCAGAUGAAGUCGGCGAGCUCGACCGAGGAGCAAGAGACCGCGUAGAUGGUGUUGUGGAGGAUGCGACCGUCAGGAAGGAGGUAGUGGGCUUUGUCUUCCGUGUAGCCGUGGUCCGAGUUGAAGAGGUCAACGAGGAGCCAGAGCUCGUCGUCGACGAUGGUGGCGAAGUUGUUGCAGGGGAUGUAGGGGGCGGGGACGAGGGAGACGGUAUAGAGGGGUUCCUCCUCGCUGGGCCAGUACCAUCGCUGGUCGCCCUUGGUAUUGUAGAGAUGACGAGCGUCCGAGGGCUCCUUGAACUUCCCUGUCACGAGAUGACGAGCGUCCGAGGGCUCCUUGAACUUCCCCCAGCGAGCGAGACAGGAGCGGCGCUUAUCGAUCUCCCCGGGCUUGCCGAAUCCGGCCCACAUGGCUUCGGCGACGAGCCCGACGGUGCCGAGUUGGGUGGCGAGAAGAGCGUCCGCGUCUGCUUCCGUGAGACGCAGAGUAUGGAAGAGACCGCUCGAGGGUGA